AUGGACAAAGGGCUCGAUCAAGCGCCAGCCUACGACCAAGGCCUGGAAAAGGAAGUCGACGUCAAGGAGUUGAGAUAUGGAGAGGCGACCGACAUCUAUGGAGACGUGGAGACCGCCGAUCGAUAUGGCUAUGUUGCUCGAGGAUUAAAAUCGCGCCAUAUUCAAUUCAUUGCCCUUGGUGGCACGAUUGGUACCGGUUUAUUCUUGGGUAUCGGUCGAGCUCUGACUCAAGGCGGUCCCCUCAGUUUGCUACUUGGUUAUACGAUGACUGGCUGCGCUAUCUUCGGCAUGAUGAUGUCUCUCGGCGAAAUGGCUACUUGGCUGCCUCUGCCCGGUGCCAUUCCUCAAUUCUGCGCGCGUUAUGUGGACCCAGCUAUGGGUUUCGCCGUUGGCUGGAAUAACUGGUAUCUUUGCGCGAUCACUCUCUGCGUCGAAAUUGCAGCCGCAUCGGUCAUAAUUCAGUUCUGGGAGGGCGCGGUGGAUAUCAACGUCGCCGCCUGGAUUUCCAUUGUCAUUGUCCUGGUCCUGGUGCUCAAUAUCUUCGCCGUUUCGGUCUAUGGUGAAGCGGAGUUCAUUUUCGCCAGUAUCAAGAUUAUCACGAUUGUCGGAUUGCUCAUCUUGUCUCUGAUCAUCGACCUCGGGGGCGUUCCUGGCACUCCACGGCUCGGAUUCCAUUUUUGGAAAGAACCCGGUGCAAUGAACGUCUACAAGGGCACGGGAGACAAAGGCCGUUUUCUUGGUUGGUUCUCAACGCUCGUCAAUGCUGCGUUCUCCUUUGGCGGCGUGGAGACAGUGGCAUGUGCUGCAGGAGAAGCGGCGAACCCGAGACGCAACAUUCCCAAGGCUGUUCGACGUGUGUUCUGGCGUAUUCUGUUUUUCUACGUCCUUGGGUCUCUUGCCCUUGGAGUUUUGGUCCCGUACGACGAUGAACGCCUCUUGGAUGCUCAAGAAAAGAACGCUCCUGGUGGUGCCGCCUCUCCCUGGGUCAUCGCAAUAUACCGAGCUGGUAUUCCGGCUUUGCCCUCGAUUAUCAAUGCCGUGAUUCUCACAUCUGCCUCUUCGUCAGCUAAUGCCUUCUUGUACACCGGAAGUCGAUAUCUCUAUGCCCUCGCCCAGAACCGCCAUGCCCCAAGAUUCCUACUCAAGUGCUCCAAAUCGGGCGUCCCAAUUUACUGCGUUUUAAUCACAGCAUUAAUUUCCUUGCUCACAUACCUGUCCACCACCGCGGGUUCAAACGUGGUGUUUGUAUGGUUUCAGAACCUGACCACCAUCGCAUCCCUUUUCACUUGGUGCUCCAUUUGCGUGGCUUAUAUCAAGUUCCACAAUGCUCUCAAGGCCCAAGGUGUGGAUCGCGACACCCUGAUAUUCCGAAGUCCAUUCCAACCCUAUGUUGCCUGGAUAUCUCUGAUUUUCUUCUCCAUUAUUAUCGUGUUUAACGGAUUCUAUGCCUUCCUUCCAUUCAACACUCGUUCAUUCAUCACUGCAUAUGUCGGCAUCCCGAUUUACUUUGGUCUUUACGUAUUCUGGAAAAUUUUCAAAAGGACAAAGGCCGUGGCAGCCUCCGAGGCCGACAUCUUUACCGGAAAAGCCGCUCUUGAUGCGGUUGAAUGGCCGUCGGAAAUCCCGAAGAAUUGGAUCGAAAAGAUUUGGUACUGGAUCGCAUAA